GUCGCCGCUCCCCCCCCCCCUCGCCUCUUCCUGUCGUUCCCGCUCGUCUCACAGCCUGCGUCUCUCCUCUCCUUUCCUCUGUUCUUUGACUUCUCCACCUCAUCGUUCUCGCCUCCUUGCUCUGGCACAGGAUCGACAAGACUCGCAUUCCACCUGCAAACCGUGUGAAGUUGUCUGUUGAAACAAAGAGAUUUUCUCUCUUGGCCUUGUACACUCUCCACCAGAAUGAUACAAUUUUUCCUCCUCGUCAGCCGUCAAGGAAAGUGCAGGUUGUCGAAAUGGUACACCACGUACAGCGACAAGGACAAGAAAAAAAUGAUCAGAGAGGUCUCUCAAAUGUGCCUUAGCCGCCCCCAGAAGCUUUGCAACUUCUUGGAGUGGAGGGAGUACAAGCUGAUCUACAAGCGAUAUGCAAGCUUGUUCUUCAUCACAUGCGUUGAUAAGACGGACAACGAGCUCAUCACUUUAGAAGUAAUUCAUCAGUUUGUCGAAGUCCUUGACAGAUACUUCGGGAAUGUCUGCGAGCUUGACCUGAUCUUCAAUUUCCACAAAGCCUACUAUAUCCUCGACGAGCUGUUGAUUGCGGGAGAGCAGCAGGAAACAAGCAAGAAAGCGAUUCUGAAGUUGAUCACCGAACAAGAUGCCGUAUGUGAAGAGGGAACAGACAAAGACAUGCAGUGAGGGAAGGCAUGAUGAAAUUUUCUCGCCUAUCAUUGCUCCUCAAUAAACAUCAUGCAAAUAAGAUGAUGUUUAAAUGCAAAGAUGAUGUUUAUUGUCGAUUCUAUCG